AUUUCAACUCAACAGAGCUAGUAUUAAAUAGUGUGUUAAUACAUUCGGCACGUUACAAAGUGAAACUGUUUUUCCCGAUUUUUGAAAUGUGUAGUACUCAACAUAUAUGAAAGUGAUAUGUACAUGAAGCUAUACCCGGAAUGUCGUAAUUUAAUCCAAAAUUCCCCUUCUCGCCCUCCAGUAUUGAUAUUGUGAAAGUAUGUGAAUGGAAAAUGCAUCAUUUUCCUGCUUCGAAAGGGGACUCGUUAUGUCCUCUAGGAUUUCAUCCGCAAGUUAGGUGGCCUACACGAUGUAAAAGAUGUUUUCGGGACUACAAGGAACAUUACAACCGCAAGAAAGAAGAAGAUGUUCUCCGGAAGGAUUCAAUUACUGCAUCAUCCCCAUCCAUAUCUAAUAGUUUAGCUUCAAAAACUAAUUACCCACGAAGUUGGGCAUCGAGCGACAAUUUAUACGAAGGAAAACUAGAGAAUGAACUAACUGAGUAUAAAUCCACAUUAGAUUUAGUCAAUUUAGAGGACAAUUCUUCGGCUAUAACGACAGUAAAUUUGCGAUUACCUAAACGUCGAGUUAAUUCUAUUGAUCAAUCAGGUAAAGACAAUGAUACGGAAAAAAAUAAAAACAAGCAUUCAACAACCGAGAACGGUAAAAAGGAAGAGAACGAUUUGCAGAGAAUACAAAUAAAAGAGGUGAAGUCUUUAUCUUACGGACCUACUAACAAUGAUGUACAAUUUGUCAUACAGGUUAAAAAAAAACCUGAGAAAAAAGCACCUGAAGGUAUUGCAGAAAAUAAUUCUGAUCACACGGAGGUUAACGGUAUUGAAAAACCAAAUUUAGAGCUAAAGAAAAAAUUGGAAGAGGUUCGGAGUGAACUCGAAGCUACAAAACAAAAAUGUGAUCGAUUGGAGAAGGAAAAACGGGAAGUUAUCCUACGAAGGUUGCCCUCUAUGGAUAGUUCGAAUAAAUAUAAUUUUGAGUAUAACAAACUUCAACAAAAAUACAACGAUCUCCAGAAAGAAGUUAAUCAAUACAAGGACGAUAAAUCAUCGUUACAAGUGAAAAUAAAGAUUUUGGAGGAUGAAUUAAAACGAUACCCGAAAGUGAAUGAAAGGAGUACAAAUAAUUUGGAAGACUUGAUGUCUAAACUGAAAACUACAGAGCAAUUUUGUGAAGAACUCAUGGAUGAAAAUGAAAGUCUCAAGAAGGAACUGCGUGAAAUGGAAGAGCAAGUUGAAGAAAUGCAGGAUAAUUUCAGAGAGGACCAACUGGCAGAAUAUGCAGAUCUUAAAAAACAGGUUGAAAUGCACACAAAAAAUUGCCGAAUUCUUUCUUUCAAACUGAGAAAGGCGGAAAAGCGGAACGACCAGUAUGAACUCGAGAAACAGGAAUUGGAAAAAAAGUUGAAAGAGUUUUCAGAGAAUCAAGCAGAUAGUUUUACUUUGGAGAAAAUAAAGAAACUAGAGCAAGACCUCGCAGAUUCUACCAAUGUAUCCACGAAGUUACAGAAUGAGCUUGGUCUGUUGAAUGAGAAGCUGUCGGAAUACGAAUCGAUCAAAACAGAAAAAAAAGAAACUAAAAAAACGGAAGUUAAGAAAAUCUCACGUCAAUCCCUUAUUAGAAGUGGUUCUCAAGAAGAACCAAUUAUACAAGCACAGGUGCCAGCUGCGACAGAAAUUGAACGCGAUUUGAGGGAACAGCUUAAAUUCUCGGAAGAAGAGGUCCAAAACCUUCGUAAGAUGAUAUCCAGAAUGGAAAACGAAAAUGAAGUUUUGCUGCAACAGAUGAAGAAACUCACAGCACGUAUAAGAAGUAAACCCGGAGCCAAUGUAGAUUUGAUGGAUGAUGACGAACUCAAAUUACAAAUAGAACUAACCGAACAAGAAAUUUCUCCCAUGAAAUUAAGGAAUAAUUUGGAUAUUUCAUCAAAAAAAUUAGAGGGAACAUCGAGAAAAUCUACUGAAGAAAGAACAAACAAGAAACUAGUGGAAUCAGAACAACUAAUUAAAGAACUAAGAGCGAAUAUCGAAGAAGAAAGGUUAAAAGUGAAACAAAAACAAACAGAUCUAACAAAAUCAAAGAAGAAGUGGGAGAAUGAAUCGAAAAAAUUCAAAAUAGAAAUAGAGAAUUUAGAAAUGAUGAAUAAGAAUUUGAAUGAAUCUCUCAGAAAUAAUGAGGCUACAAUAAUGAAAUUGGAGAAACAAAAUUCCAGUAACAAAUCUCUAAUUAGUGAAAUAGAUAAAUUGAAAGCUGAAUUAGAUUUGAAAAAAUCAGAAAUAGCUACGUUACAAAACGAACUCGGCUAUUUCAAGUCUCAGGCAGACGAAGUGAGUAAACGUCUCAACAACUUGGUGUCCGAUAAAACAAAUACGGAUGAACAAUUUGGCAAGAAAAUAAAACAACUAGAAUUGGAUGUCAAGUGUGAAAAGAAAAAAGCGGAACUUUUGAAAAAGGAGCUAGAGGAUAGAAAUAGUGAGUUGAAGGUCUUGAAAUUACAAAUAAAUAAAAAUGAUACCAGUAUUGAGUCCAAAUUCCAAAAGAAAAUUGAUGAACUGAAUGAAAAUAAUAAAAAAUUGUCAACGAAUCUGAAGGAAACCGAAGAAAAGUUCAGAGAUCUAAUGGCGAAGCAUGAAGACUUAGAAGAAGAAUUUUCCCUCACAAAAGCGAAAAUGGAAGUGGAAAAGGAAACAAUGAAUAACGAACUGCAAACUAUGAAACAAAGACUGAACAACAUGAUAGCCGAGAAGAGAGAAAUGGAAGAAGAAUUCGAAAAGCAACGCCAUAAUUGGUACACGGAAAAAACAAAAAUGCAGGAAAACUUUAAAUCUAUAGGUACGAAUGGAGAGAGCAACGAUCUGGAUAAGAAGAGAUACAAUUCUUUAAUAGCAGAAAAACAAUCUGAACUUGAUAAAUUCAUGAAAGAAAACGAGUCAUUAACGUAUCAAAUAGAUUAUAUGAAGAGGGAAAGCGACGAAAUAAAGAGGAAAUUGGAUGAUUACGAAAAGGUGAAUAAAGUCCAAAGGAACAUUAGUGCCGAUACGUCCGCUAUGGAUAAAGAAAUGAGAGAAAUGAAAAGGAAAGUUGAAUUGAUUGAAAAGGCGAAAAAGGCUGAGGUUCUCAAAUGUAAAAUGAGCUUCGAGGAACAGCUCGCGACUGUGAACAACGAAUUGAGAUUGCUUCAAAGUCAAACGGUGAGAUUCAAACGGGAAAGAGACACUUACAAAAAUAUGCUAGAAUCGGCAAAAAAGAGCAUGGGAAACUUAAAAUAUAGAAGAGAGGUUGGAAACCGCUUCGAGAAUGGCAGUGUUAAUACUGAAGCCUUAGAAGCUCAGUUGAGUUCUUUAGAAGAUGAAAUGUCGGAAGCGAAACUAGAAUGUUCAAAAUUAAAAACACAACUUGUUUCUGAUAAGUCCAAUUAUGAAGUAAAAAUACUAGAGAUGCAAACAAGAAUAAACGAACUCGAAGAGGAAAAGAUCUUAAGCAGCGGUAGAACGAAAAUAGCAGGUUUGAGGACAAGGAUGGAACUUUCAUGGCAGAAAGAAAGGGAAGAACAACAGCGGCUUGUUCAAGAAACGGCAACUUUAGCUAGAGAUUUGAGACAGACAUUAAUAGAAGUUGAGAAAGAAAGGGAUAAAGAAAGGCUAGAGGCGAAGAGAAAAUUGGAACAGUUGAAGAAGUCUGUUGAAGAAGAACAAAUAGAGGCCAAAAAAAAAAUUAAAGAUUUACAGUGUGAUUUAUUAGAGUUACGAGAUGCUCACGCUAAAUUACGCACAACUAAUGAAAGAUUAAAAAGGGAAAAGGAUAAAUUGAGAAAGGAUGAAGACAUUAGGGCGAAAUCUCUUAGCCAAAUUAAUCUAAGCGGAUCUAAGGACGUGUUGCUUUUACAAAAUAUUGAAACAUUGAAAUGUCUUGCCAAUGAAGUCGAUCUAUUGAAUCUAGAUGAAAAACAAAGAGGAAAAAUAAUGACACCAGAGGAUAAAAAGGAUAAACUGUAUAACGUUGUGAAUAGUCUUUUGAAUAUUUCUCGAGAGCUCUUCGGCGAAAUGAGGGAAAUUGAAAAAGAGAAAUUGAUGAUUCCUCGUAGAAAGCCGAGAUCCGAAGUAAACACCGAGAAUUCCACGAGAGUGAACCGACAGGGUAGCCUAAAAAGGAGAAGUUUGUCAUUGGAACAAACAUCGGCAGUUCCAAGAGAGCAAAAUAUUUGGCAAACUGAUCAAGGGAGUAUGUCGAGUUUAAGGUCUGCAAAUUCUGAUUUAGAUAUGUAUGAUAAUAUGUCUGAUACGUCAGUGCAGAGCGAGACAGUGAAAAAAAAGAAGAAGGGAAUUAUGGGUAAACUUCGGAAGAUGACCAAAUCGAAAAGCGUGGAUGAGGGUGACUCAGGAGUUCUAAGUAGUUUUCUAGGGAAAAAACCCAGUUCAUUAGAGAAUUUGAAUAAUGCUUUUUCUGGUAUUUUCAAACGAGGAGGAUCUUCGUCGAGAAGUAAUAGUAUGGAGAGGACUAAACCACCAGAUCAAAAGUAUGACUCCAGUUCGAGGCAAAGACCGUUAAUGAAGAUGAAGAGUGAAAGUCCAGCUAGAUAAUUUGUCAAAUAUUAUAAUUUUUAUCCGGAUAAUCCUGAUAUUCAACAUUUAUUUCUGGAAAUUUCGAUGAUAUGUUCCUAUUUAUCACAGAUGUUACCAGUUCUGUUUCUAUUUUUCAUUCUUAUGAAAAAUGAAAAUCGAAAAAAUUAUAAAAUACAUAAAUUGGUUAAUACAGGUCGAUUUUGGGAUACGUUGUGAAAGAAACAAUCAAUUUUU